GAAUAAUAGGGGUAUAAAUAUGUUCACACACGGCCACAUACAUUCGAUUUUUUUUUUGCUAACUCAUCAAAGGCGAUUUGAUUACCGAUUCAAAUCGAUAGAUGGCCAUAGUGGAAUAUUCUUGUAGAGUGAGAUACCACUUUAGUGUAAACAGGCCGUAAUAUAACCGCUGUUUUUAGCCAGUUUGACAAUUUGUUUGAAUUAUUGAAAAAUUUUUGAAUUUAAAUUCAUCAUGGAUGCUGUUGAUUCAAUUGAAGCGCAUUUGCAACGAGAUAAAUUACGAUUAGAAAAAAUAUCUUUGAAAUUGGAUUCAAACCUAUAUCGUUGUGGCAAAAAAAAUGAACUACAAUAUGGUCAACAAUGUGCUUUAGACAAUAUUGAUCAAAUUCCUCGAAAACUAAAAGAAAUGUAUGAUCGAUUGGAAAGUUUAAAAGCUAAACGUGAUGAAUUUAUCCAAGAGAAUCAUACAAAAUUGGAACAAUUAGAGAAAAGAUCGGAAAAAUUUUAA